CAAAACUGACAGCCAUGGCUGCUCCCAUCAGGGCAUCGCCGCCUCUUCUUCUCACGGCGAUCGUCCUGCUGGCGACGCUGCUUCUCGCCUCCGCCUCCUUCCCGUCUGCUCUGGCAGCUUACGAUGAUGUCCCUCAAGAAGAGGGAGCUGGCUACGCGCGCUUCUGCCAGAAGCACCACUGCGGCGGCCGGAAGCUCCAGCAGGUAGCCGACCCCCUGCGGUCGACGCCGCCGCCUCCGGCUCCGGGAGGCGGACCUCCGAUCGGGCCUGCUCCGACCGUCCCCAUUCCGCCGCCACCGCUGCCGCCGUCGCCGGGGGUGUGACGACAGCUCUAGAUCGGUCGACGUCCACCAUCAGAUCGACUUGAGAAAUAAAGUGUGUGUUCUGAACUUCUGAUUCUGACUUCUGAGCUGCGAUUAACCCGCGACCGCGGGCCGCCGUCGAGGCUAGUUAAUCCAGUACUGCGUUUCAUGUCAUGUAUUAAUAAGCUUGGACGGUGCGAUCCGUCGCAUCGAGAACACUGUACACGUGCUUAAGUUAUUUGUGCGCGUAUGCUCUGAG